CAUGUGCGGGAGACCUGUGUUCCGCAGGAGACGAGGACAACGCGUCUAGAUCUACUUGCGGGGGGCACUGUUGAUGUCGAGAACCGUUCUCGGGUGACACCGUCGUCGAGCGCUCGUACACCAACUUCUGCAGGCAUGGACAGCAGUUCUGCACUUACUUCUAGAAGCAUCGACUUUACUGCAACAAAGGCCGCACUCAGUGACACCAGGUGUAACGCAAAUCCUAAACGCAAAGCAUCAGUUUCAGUGCCUGUGCCGGGUGCUGCAGUAAGUAGUGAAGAUACACCUCCCAGAGCAGAAGUGUCGGCCCCGCUGCCUACUUCCAUCAACCAAUCCCCAAAGAAGUGCCAGGUUCAUCAAGUACAGCUACCUGAGUUCUUACAAGUAACUGAAGUGCAACUACCUGUACCUGUUGGCACUAAUGAAGCAGAAGUGCAGGAGAUACCUCCUGCUGAUGUACAACCUCAAGCACCUUCUCCAGACAAACUUCCAGAGUCUCGAUGGUGUUCCCAUACUACUCGAUACUGGCUGCAGAGGUUGGAAGCAGUGCAAACAGAAGAGGCGACUUUGAUGAAAUCUAUUGAGAGGUGUCGUCAAGUGUCGAUGUACGGGACUGGAGUUAAGGCCACUUUUAAUCCAUUUCCAUCUCUAGUCCAUUGAUUUCUUCUAUAAGGAAGAAGAUUCCUCAAGUACCUUAAAUAUAAAUAUGGGAAAAACCCCAGAUAGCUUGGGGUUUUCCCUUGUAUGCACAGAUCCCCAGACGUCUGCUAUCAUUGGAGGCACUACUUCAUCGAACGGCCUCAUGCAUAGGCACAGAAAGGUACAAAAGAGCUUCCAUGCCAUCACGUCUGACCUAGUGCACAGGGAUGGAUUACUAGGAUCUCUAAUAAAGUUGCCUUUUCUGAGCUCCUGGAGAAUACUCUGCAGUAUGACACAGCUGCGUUCGAUGGUGGCAACGCUGCUGGAGGAUUGAAGAACUCCAAUCGGGCCAGUGCUACAGGAGAUGGGGGAUUGAAUAACCACACUCAGACUCAGGACAGUGCUGCUGAAAAAGGCAUUUUUAGAGAAAGUCCUAAAGAAACUUCCAGAGUGUUGGAGCCCGUAUUUUGGACGCCAGGUUUCGUGGGCGCAGGAGUGGGACUACGGGGAAAGCCGUCCGCUCCAUUGUCCACCUACGUCACAGACUGCGAGGGGGCGUUAGCUGAGCAGAGGUGAUCACCCUACAUCUGUAGACACAGAUAAAGUAGUAGUAGUUGCAGGAUUGUAGGAUUCUAGUUUAUGCGAUUAAGGAAUGGAUGUCUUUACUGCGUCUCUUUGAUCAUCAAGCCCAGCUGGCUCGGGAGCUCGGGUAGUUGGGUGGUUUUUGCGUCACAGUGGUCAGGCCAAGCUCCCGCCCGCAGCCUCUGAAAUUUUUGCUCGCCACCACUCCCAGGGUGCAGCCGCGCGGCAGAGUUACUAGAAGCAGGAGGCGAGCAGGCGACAGCGACGGCGGUCGGGUCGAGGCGGUGUCUUUGACGCCGAGACCCGUCACGCCCGGCGUACGUUGGCACCGGUCGGACAGCGUGCCACGCGUCUCCCCCUUGUGUGGACUUCGUUGGUACAGCUCGGGCGCGACCACUGCAAGCACGCUGGUGUCUGUCUAGCGCGCACCCUCGGGGCCUGGCUGAAGGCCGGCGCAUCUUGUUGGAGAUUCGCAAGACGGUCACGGCCACGCCUAGCGCUUCCGACGGGGAAGCCGGGUGGUUUGGUUGAUUGCGGAGCGCCUUGCAAAAGCGCGCAGCAGGCACCUAGCCAGCCCCGAGAAGUGGCAUGAGGCGGCGCCGUGUCUGCAGCUUGGAGGUAGCAGCGUGGGCCCCCGAGAUGGGCAGGACGCUUCCACCGAGCAUGCGGGCAAUCAAUUCUAUUUUGUAGGAUAGCGCGUGCGUGCGAGCAGGCAGUUGCGCCUUACCAGGACACCCUGCGACAGGGUCCGUCGCAUGUUCCUUGUCGGCAAUUGCGUACCCUGCUUGCCAACUGUCACUGUGGGUUUUCGCGUCGCCUCUCAGCGCGGGGAGCUAUCGCUUUUCUGUUUGCGGUGCCUCGACGUCGUCCAACUUAUCGGGUGAAGAAGUCCAAGGGGAAAAAGGCAACGCCGAACGCGGCUGCUUGCUGCGCACGGAGAUGCCUGGCAAGUGGGGAGGGGAUGGCGCGGGCACUGUGAGCCAAUAUGUACCAAGCAGACAGCGGAGGGAAGGUUUUGCGGGGAGCCUCACUCGGUCUCGUCGGUCGUCUCUUCUCGGCUUUCAGGCUUAGUUGCGGCAUGGAUGUGCUCCGACAGCCCUGGGCGCCUUUCGUCUGUUUGCUCUGUCCUCUGCCUCUUCUUUGUGUUUUCGUUGUGCGUUAUCUCUCUGUCUCUCUACCUCGCGAUCCCGUUCUCCCAAAAACGAUUUAGGCACAUUAACACGGUAUCGCGAUUUGGAAGAUGCGCCGGGAGUACAGUUCGAGACCCACGUGAUGACAACCUCGUUCUAAGUAGGUUGUACGCGGUGCAGCGAAAUCGAGGACAGUUUCUCGACAGAGCUGUACGCGCAGGAGACGUGAUCACACAUUUGGAGGGUGUGCCAGUAGGGGCAUGGUGUGGCGUAGAGUGUCCAAUUGCAAAGGAAGAGCCAAGUAGUUCAAGUCGCACUUGUGGUCGGGCGGAGGAAGAUAAAAACAGGCGGCUGAAUACGAGCGACGGGCAAGGGGAACCUCUGUUGCGGCUUACGAUCGUCGGAAAGCGAUCUGCGAAGCUUUUUAGCGUCGAGAAAGGCAAAAAGCCAGAGUAUCGCUGGUUAAGGCUUCGUUGUAGUUUUCGGCGCAUUUCUUUUCCAGAAGAUGAAGAGAACCAUUGAGUCAUAGAUAUUUCCAAGUAGGAACUUGUUUUAAUCUAUGAUUAACAUCUUUUCAUCCUUGCAGAGACCUACUACUCAUGAGAGAUCCACUAUUCUCAUUGACUACCAUCAUCAGAAUCACAAUACUAGUAGGUACUUACAUGAUUCAUCUUAAAGCUACUGCUAAUUUUUGUGCGUUUCGACGUUAUGCUUGCCGUUGGCAUAGACGCUCCCCGAGAAGGCCUAUCUGAGCUCUUCCAUGGUCGCACGACCUUCGUGGAAUGGUUGGAGGUGAGUGCACUCCAGAGACGAGACCAGCCUCAGUCUCCUCCAGCCUCGUACGAGCAAGCAUCAUCAUCUCCCUCCUCCUCCAAGAAGCAUUUUUUAAGGCUUUCUCUAAUUACUUACUUAGUCCAUCUUCGGACAAGUCGACAUCAUAUGUGGAGAAAGGUUUCAAAAAGAGAGGCCCAUCCAGGGGAUAAGGGAGGUUCUCUAGGAUGUACAAGAUUUCGAGGGGCACUUUCCUGGAAAGGUUCCUCGAGGGGAAAAAGAGGCCUCCCACCUCGAGGAUCUACCUCUAUGUAGCUUAAAAUGUUGGUUCGAAGAGGGAGAACAGUUCGGACUCGUCGUCUAAAGCAUCAUGCUACGCCUCCUUUAUCGAACGAGUCCCUGAGAAGUGCUGGGUCAGUCCUCUUUGCGAGCAGUAGCCCAGCUGAAGAAAGGGCUGCAAGAAUGCGCCAUCGCUUUGUGUGGAAACCGGUCGAUGAGGACGAGCUUUUCACGAAAAGUGCAGGAGGACCUGAGGAGGCACGCCAAGUAGUUAUGUUUCUGGAGUAUUUCUGAUCCCUUGUGUAAUGUCGAAGUCGAGGCGCCCUAUCGCUAUUCUAUCGUAUCCGGCCCUAUCCUAUCCUAAUCGUUUUCUAGCACUUAUCCUAUCCUAUCCUAUCCUCAACUAAGUAAUCGUUUUCUAGCACUUAUCCUAUCCUAUCUUAAUCGUUGUCUAGCACUUAUCCUGUUCUCUCCGCUUCAAAGCUUUUUUUUCAUGUUCGUGACGGUGUUAGAUCGCAUUGCUCAAUUUGCUUUGCCUACAACCGCCUUAUAUCGAAGAGUGACGACAGAGGUCAGAUAUAGCCCACUGUUGUUCCUUUAGUAUCAUCUUUGUUUAUUUUCUUCUAAUUUUCGACUGCGAUUGGACGUUUUACCUGAGUGGAUUGACCGUGUUUGGAAUCGGAGGGUAGUGGAAAUAUACGAUGCUCUUGUGUUGCGAAACCUGCGUCGAUUUUUGCGUACAGCGACACAAGAAUCUUUUGGAAAAGCUGGAGCCGGAGAGCGAGGAACAGCCUCUUCUAUAGUGCCAAUAUUAAGGCUCAACUUUCAAUGGUCCCUGGGGUUGGUCACUGAGAUCGAAGAAGCGACCCCUUCUUGAGAGAACCAACAGGGGAAAUAAACGAAGGGAAAGGGGAGAGCUUUGAAGGGGGUCUCUUCCGUUCAGAGUCAGUGGCCAUUGAGUGCUGAGCUUUAACAGUAGCAUCUCCUGUAGUGAGUGAUCAACUUCUUCCGGUGCUACAUGAUGGACACCUUGUGGCACUCAUGCGCGACGUAUACAGGCGCUACGCAAGAAGAGGGGGCCCGGGAGCUCGAGGGGCUGAAGAAAAGCAGGAGCCGGAAGGAGCAUCGAAAAGCCGGAGCAUCGAAAAGCAAGAGCCGGAAGCUGAGAAAUCGCAUCUCUCGCAUUCGGUGGAAGUCGAGGACGAUGACAAGAAGACUGGAACAAGUAGUCUUUCUUCUGGCGGUCAUCAAGCGGCAGACAGUGUUAAGGCCACCGCUGAAGCAUGUGUUCCCUAGUAUCGUCAUCCUUGGUUGUUCAUCUUUUUCUACUUGAAAACGACGCGAAGGAUGGUGUCAGGGAUGCAGACGUGGCACAUCUUCAUCAGUGGCCCGCUUCUGAGUCGUGGCGCAUCCUCAUCAAGUGCAAUUUCGGAUAACCAAGCGACACUGCUCGCCAGCAGUGCAUACGGCUAUGCCACGAUCGCCAAUCACUCAGCCUCAACGCUAGAGGGUCAGCAUAGCCCGGACAAAGCAGCAGGACGACAAAAAACAAUUUGGAAGUUUUGACAGAGGAGAACACUAAUUCUAUCUUGUUCAUAGUUGUAAUGCUCAUGGAUACAUAUACUUAUCUAAUUGCCUUUUGUAAAUUUGUGAAUACAGUGUCCAUGUCGUUCUUGUCCGUCAUACUCGCGUUGUCGACGUCUACCUAUCUUAUUCUUGUUCUUGAUACUGAAUUUUUUCCAGUGGAUUUUGAUAGAUAGAUAAUCUAGUGGGAAGACUGGAAAGUUGUUUUGCAAAUCUACAUUGUUCUUGUAUUAGCAAAUCAUUUUCAUGCAUAAAUAUUCUAUGUCUUUGUCACUGUGCAUAAAAACGAGGGACGAGGGUGCUGUCAGUCUCAUCGUAGAGAGCAUGGGAAUUCAUACAUCUGACUGUAUUAGCAGGUCGUUGCGACGUGUACGUCGUGGCACUCAGCUAAUUAUACUACUCAGCGAAUCCUCACUUUCUAUAGGCCAUCCUAUGGAUAUUUGACUAAAUUCCAUUCCUGGUUUACAGCCUGCUACUUUGAAAUCUUGUAAACAUACCUGAAAAUCUGCAUGAUUACAUGUUUUGAAAACCUCGUAGUACUGUGCUAACCGAGUGCGUACCGUGUGAAUCGAGUCGAUAAGUCGUGCACAGGUGUACUGUACUUGUGUAUGCGAUGGAUUGACUCUUCGCGCAGAUCUGCGAGGUGCAACGUGAAGCAACUAUUUUCCAUUCUUUUUACUAAAAGACACUAACUUCGUGUCGACGAAUGUUUCUUCAAUUAAUAAUUUAAACUUUUUCCGAAAACGCCUGAACGGACCUAGAUCCUUUGAUAGCUGGGGACUAAGAUCUUUUGAUAGCUGGAAGCCCGUUCUAGCGCGAAUACUGAAUCCAAAUCUGCGGGGGCAGGAAUAGCCAGACGCGGCUAACCCCAGAACUUAGAACGCGAGACCAUUCGGUCGUCGGCGUGCGCGCCCUCUCCUCGAAGAGUUCCCGCCAGGGGUGUGCUAAUACAAUGCAAGGCCAUUCUGCAUAAUGAUAAUAAUAGCUGGAAGCCCUUGAUGAAUGCAUCGCUAGCGGGCUCCGGGGUCGGGUGAAAAUGUACAUAGAAGGGUUGCUCAAUUUCAAUUUUCGUUAGUACAUUUCUUCGCUCUCUAUCAAUGAACAGAAUAUGUUUCAGCAUUCCCUUGUCGGAGGUAACAUACAAAGUCAUCACUUUCCUGAUGCUAUUGUCGUCCUCACAGUACUUCUAUUAGUACCACUAGUUUCCAUCUCGUCUCUUAAAAAUAUCACUAGCUUUACAAGUUAGUAGUCGUGCUCUACUCCGCAUGGGAUGCAUCGAAGAAGUCGAUUUUAGUGAGGCUGUAACCAUAAUAUUAGUGAGGCUCUAACCACUAGGGGAGUCGCGGUGGAGUCAAAUGGAAAUUUCUUGUGAUCCGGUGCUUCAGGCGUAGUGCAUCGUAAUAGAAGGAGAUUAAUGGACUCCACCCGUCGCCGGCAGGCACACCGGAUAUCCCUGCGAUCACCCUUCCGGAGAUCUUGGCAUACAAAAAAAUGUCAUGUAGGGCUGAGGCGGGAGCCCAUCUAAAUCUAAUAAUCUAUGUUUAUGAUUCGAACUCAGGGCAUGUCUAAGAUUAAUGUUGGCGGGGGCAGGGUGAUCUGGAUGUGUUUCAUCUUCAUGAGCUCAUCGCCCUGCGCUAGAGUGUUGUCAGACUUCCUCGUGGCUGGGGUGUCAUUAAUUGACUAAAUGAAUCAUAAGAAAAAGUUGAAGAAAUCAUAGAUCAAGUUCGUCAUAAUUUUCCAUGUACUUCUCAGUUCUUACUUGUGGGUGAUGUGGUGCAGUACACUUUAUAUUGCUUGCCAAGUAAAGUCCUAUCUCUGUGAAGAAGAGUGCAGUCACUCUGUUUGAUAAACGCAACUUCAAAUAGAUUGCUCUGCAACUUCUUCAGAGUCCUGCGUACCUACAAGAACUUCAAAAUCAAUAAAUUUUCACACACCCUCAAAAACAUCGACUACUGCUUCGUCAUACGACCUUAAAACUAGCGAUCAUACUUACUACUAGCAGCUGUGACCAUAGCUUACUACUGUGCAAUUGCAUCAAUCCUUGUUGCUCGGUUCUCGUUGUCGCCAUGAAAACCGAUAAUGCUGGCAUGGUCGAAAUCAUGGCCGUGUAUUACUGCACAUGAACAAUACGGCGCAUACUAGGUCGAUCAUGGCUGGCCUCGUGCAUGGAUUUGAGUUGCCAUUUAAUGAACGAGGUGCCAUGAGCCGAUGCCAUCUAUCUAUUUCAACUCGAUGAACUCAAAAUUGAGUAGUUGGUUCUUGUCCUCGUCAAUUCCAUCUUAUCUCUUGAAGGCUCGUAGUGCCCUCGUUUUCCGACAUUUGGUCUUGUAGUUCGGUGUCCGAAAAAACGCAAAUUAGACAACGAAUCAAACUUGAAGCGCAAAAUAUUCAAAAUCACUCUGUCGUUAAAAAUGAUCAUUAUAUAUGUUUAUGUCGUGGUGUCGAAAUAUUCUCCUGUGGUCCUCGACGUCUCCGAUACAAGCACGGGCCCUUGAAUUUGGAGAGUCUUCCAAAACGUGAUCAUCCUACGUCGUGACAACCAAC